CUUGGAUGGCUGGCUUUUAUUUGACCGCAUUCUCUGACUCCUCCCGCAUACCAGCGAUCACAUCGUACCCAACACUCCCUCCCAUCGAGUAGACCAGUAAUAGCAAACCCACAUGAUGAUUGACGAGGGCAAGCCUACUCCAGCUGGUCCACCACCAGCAUAUACACCGCCCGUUGGUCAAUCGUCUAGACCGCGGUCUACGCCAAGUCUAAUGGGUCAACCGCGGCAGCCAGCGGGUGUAUACAGCCCUGUACAGGAUAGGGGUGUAUUCGACAUGAGCAGGAGUGUAGAUGUUGGGCCACAAGGUCCUAUUGGACAAGGGCCAUAUCGGCAGUAUCCAGCACAACCAAUGAACACCCCCGUGAUCCUGUCUGUGAACCCCGCCGACCCGCGGAGUAUCUGUGCACAACAAGGGCACAUCAGAUCGACCACCUUCGGCAUACUAGGUGUUCUAUUCGCCAUCGUAUGCUUUCCUAUAGGCCUAGUCUGCUGUGUCAUGGACCGCAGAGAACAGUGCACACGGUGCGGGGAGAUAUUCUACAGCGGAUGCCAGUAGGGAUGGAGGGUUUUGAUAUGCGGUUAUUCUCUGUAUAUUGGUAAUGGUGUGACUUGUGGUGUCGAGUGUACGUUAUGAUCUUUAUGGAAUGUCUAUGUUUAAC